AUGGCCCAAUCUAAGCCCAAAACAAACAGCAGCAUUUUAACCUUAACAUCAGCAAAAGCUGUCUCAAUCCUACUCCAUCAUCAUCGUCAUCAUCCUUCCCCUGUUCAGUGUCAAAGCUUCUCCCAUUUCUCAUUCUCACUGCAUGCAUGCGCUUCAUUCCCUCUUCAAAUUCCAUCUAAUCAUGUUCUCACCUUGACAAUAUCCAAUACAAUGGAUCAUCAUCAACAACCUAACAAAUACCCAACCACGUUAGCAUUAAUAGAAUCCAAUACCCUAAAAUCUGAUAAACCUAACGAUGAUCAAUGUUUUCUCCUUUACUUCAUCAUGGGCACAUACUUUGGUCCUCACAUCAAUGGUGAGAAAAAAUCAAUCUUGCAAAGAGUAGCUGAAGGUCUUCCUUCUUACACACGUGAUCAGUUAACAUCUUCUUUCAUCAAAGUAGCUGAAUUGGAACGUAUUUACUAUUACAUACUUAGGAAUGUUGAUAAGUCUUUAACUGUAAAGUUAAGUUUUUUUCGCAGCUACGUUAAAGGGUUGUUAGAAUGUUCGUCCAAUUGCAAUUACCCUCGGUUUACUGAUUUGUUUCCGCUUGAAUUGCAUCCUCAAUUUAAGUAUAAGUGUCAGUUUAAAGUUAUUGACAGUAUUGUGUUUAUCGAACAUCCUGAAAUGUUUUGCCUUAAUCCUGAGGAGGUUGAGAGGUUUAAGAGACUGAGUGGGGUUGAAGAUUUUCUUGUGGACAAAGAUGCUGCUAGGCUGUAUAACCAUUUCGAUGGUAAUGGUUUGCGUAGUAAGGUUAGGAAAACUAGUAGUAGUUGUCGAAAAGUAGAUGAAAGUGAUGAUUUUUCUGAGCUCAAGUAUCAAAUGCCACAUGCCCAUGUCGUGAAGCCUAUUAGGAGUAUACCGUUUAAUGAUGGUAUGGCUCUUGGAGAUGAAGGUGAUGAUUCUGAUAAAGUUGAUGUUCCGGCGGUGUUGUUUCUUCCUUCUCGUCCUACUAAGAAGGAAUGGUCUGACAUUGUGGCUGCUACUAAGAAUGGUUUUGCGUUGACGGGAAGUGCGGCUACGGGGCGGGUUGGGCCUAUCAUAGGACUUGUAGACAUUGGAGAGUGUGAAGACGCGUACCUAUUUCGCAUGUCUCUCCCUGGCGUGAAGAGGGAUGAAAAGGAAUUCAGCUGUGAGGUUGACACCAAUGGAAAAGUAUUGAUACAUGGAGUGACCAUAACAGGAGAGAAGACGGUAACAAUGCACUCUCAGGUGUUUGAAAUGCAAACUCAAAACCUUUGUCCACCAGGCCAUUUCUCAGUCACAUUUCAGCUACCGGGCCCUGUUGAUCCGCAUCAGUUUUCAGGUAAUUUUGGCACUGACGGGAUUCUUGAAGGAGUGGUUAUGAAAGGCAAAUUAGGCGAUGACUAA